AGCCAAUGAGCGUGCAGCUCAGCCUGCAGCGGCUCUAUAAGCAGCCCGGCGCUCCUCCCGCAGCUCAGUGAGGCUCCUCUCUCCGUGUCUCAGUGAUGCUGUUUGUUCUCAUGUGAAGCUGCAGCGACCGCCAGGAGACAUGAGACCCGGCAGCCCGGUGCCGUCUGCGGGCAGGAGGAGGAGGAGCAGCGGCUCCCUGAGCCGGAGCCGCCGGAGCCUGCGCUGCUCUCUGCGGGGCUCCUACCGGAACAAGAGCCCGGCGGCGGCGGAGGAGGACGAGCCGCGUGUUCCGGAGCUCCUGCUGCAGGACAUGAACCUGUGUUACCGGCUGCUGCGGCAGCUGGUUCCCGGUCUGCCGCCCGGACGGGCCGCCAGCAGGGUGGAGAUCCUGCAGCACGUCAUCGACUACAUCCUGGACCUGCAGACCGAGCUGGACGCCUCCAGCCCGGCGGGGGACCGCGGAGAGCCGCUCCACCGGGACCGGAUCCAGCAGCGGCCACAGAGCGGAGAGAGCUCCGGGACCAGCAGCCACACCUGCCAGGUGUUUGAAACAAGAGGACGACUGAACACCAACAGAGUUCAUCUGCAUGGAAAGCUUUUUAUUUUUAUUCACCACCUCGGAGGACUUGGACAGUUUCCUGGAGGGUCGACUUCUUCUUCACUUUGACUGAGUUGGAGUUUCUCUGAAAGACAAUCGGCAACAACUCAGACUGCUUCAGUCCAACCAGCGAUGAGCCUUAAUGAGAGAAGAAACACUCCUUUGAUGUUUCUAUCCAGUCUAGACUUCUUUAUUCAGUCCUGAUGAGACUGAAACCAGCAUUUCAUCUUCUCUUUUCUGAUCCGAGUGACAGAAGAUGUUGGCUGACAGACGGCCUUGUGUUUCGGCUGUUUUAAAAAUAGCAGCUAAAAUCCAGAUAUUUUAAACAAAGUCCAGUUUAGAUCAAGUCUAGAUUAAAUCACUUUAAACUCAGACUUCAGAUAAACUGGACCAGAGUUCCUAACUUCCUGUCUGUUGAACUGCACUUCCUGCUUGAUUAUCAAAACAAGACAAAAACCAGACUGGUCAGGUGGUAACAUAAAUUAUUAGAAACUUUAUUUAACUAUUUUCCAACGUGACGUCUGAGUCACUUAAUAUUUAUUAUAGUCACAUUUUAAAGAUCUAAAAUCUUUAAACUGAACAGGAAGAGGAAACACUGAUAGCAUUGGCUCUUCAAAGUAAAAGACAUGAGAAUCUACAGUUUGGUUUUUGGUAGUUAUGUCAAAUAAAACAUUUUGAUCCUGCAGGAAGUCCAGUUCUUUACUUGUUUUCUUACAUAAUUGUUCUGUAGAUCUGAAUCAUAUGUUAGAGGACUCUUAUUCUGAAAUCAAAGCACUUCCUUUAACUAAGUGACAGGAGUCUGCUUCCUGUUCUGGAUGAAAGUUUGAAAUGUAAAAGUUUCUGUUCAGCAGUUUAAGAAUAUUGUUGUUAAACUGCACUUUUAUACAAUCAAUAAAUUAAACUGUAUAUAAGCAUUAAA